AGAAAUACUUUAGUGAGUGAAAUACUUUAGUGAGUUACGGAGACUUUGAUUACAUACUUCAGGAGUAAUUUGGAAAAAAUUUUAAAAUAAAAGAGAGUAAGCGAGAGGCCGCAUCGGGGAGGGAGGCGGCCACAGAAAUUAAUGGCAGCACGCAGGCUUUUGCGAAGACCGAGGAGAGGAGGGGGGAGGGUGGAGGUCAUGACUCUCAUGACUGACCGGCUGACCGAGUGACUGACACCACGCAGCGACAGGCACGCAGCCCUAAUCUCCUUGUGAUAAUCUCUCGGGCAGCUAAUCUCUGCUGCUUUUCUCUUGUUAAGUAUUUUUCCUUUAAUUUGCAGAGUAAUAAUCAUCAGCUGCUUUAUCUCUUGGGCUUGGCCAUGCACUGCCCUUGCUCCUGACUUGAAUGGCGUCAACCACCAUUGCCAAUCCUCAUCUCCUCCUCCUCCUGCUGCUGCUCGAGAGAUGAGCAAUGGAGGACACCAUUGCCGCAUCUGCAUUGGUGGUGGUAGCACCAAUCAUCAAAUGAAUGACUCUCUAUUCUGAGGCGUACGUCUUCGUCUACCUCGUGCUCCUCUAGUCCUCUGCUUCAACUUCAACUUCAACUUCAACCCGUGAGCAGGGCAGAGCAUUUAUACCUCGGCCCUGUCCUCCUUUCCAGCUGCCUCCCUUCCCUCCAGUGCUCAGCGCCAUUGCCAUCGCCUUUGCCUUUGCUAAAACCCACACCCACCCCCCGUCCGUCUGCGAUUGCAAUCACCGAUACCAUUGCCAUGCCGCCGCCUUGCUUCCCCAGAGGCAGAAGCAGAGGCCCAUGCCCAUGGCUAUUCUUCCUCUUCCUCCUCCUGCUCCACCUGUCCCCCCUCGCCGCCUCCGCCGCCGACGCCGACGCCCUUCUCACCCUCAAGUCCUCCCUCGACCGCUCCGACCGCCUCCCCUGGCGCCCCGACACCGCGCCCGCCUUCUGCUCCGCCUGGCCCGGCGUGCGCCAGUGCGACCGCGCCGCCCGCGUCACCAAGCUCGUCCUCGAGGGCCUCAACCUCACCGGCUCCCUCACCGCCGCGCUCCUCGCCCCGCUCGCCGAGCUCCGCGUCCUCAGCCUCAAGUCCAACGCCCUCACCGGGCCCAUCCCGGACGCCCUCCCGCGCGCGCUCCCCAACCUCAAGCUCCUCUACCUCGCCGACAACCGCUUCCAGGGCCGCGUCCCCGCCAGCCUCGCCCUCCUUCACCGUGCCACCGUCAUCGUCCUCUCCGGCAACCGCCUCACGGGCCAGAUCCCGCGCUCCCUGGCCGCCCUGCCCCGCCUCACCUCGCUGCUCCUCGACCGCAACCUGCUCACCGGGGCCGUCCCGCCGCUGGCGCAGCCCACGCUGAGGGCGCUCAACGUCUCCGCCAACCGCCUGUCGGGCGAGAUCCCGCCCGCGCUCGCCGGGAGGUUCAACGCCUCGUCUUUCCUCCCCAAUGCCGGGCUGUGCGGCCCUCCGCUGGGCGCCCGGUGCCUCCCCGCCCCGGGCCCCGCGCCGUUCACCGCGGCCACGGCGGCGUUCGCGCCCCUGCCUCCGCCGCGGACCAGGAGCCGGCGCGGCAAGAACGCGGCCGUGGUGGCCGGCGCGACGGUGGCGGGGGUGGUGGUGCUGGGCAUCCUGGUGGCGGCGGCGCUGAUGGCGUCGCGGCGCGGGAGGAACAAGCGCGUCGCCGGCGACGUGGACAAGGGCGGCGGAGCAGUGGCUGAGGAGCAGCAGCAGCAGGAGGAGGAGGAGGUGGCAGCAGCGGCGCCGGCCGUGGCAACUGCAGCAGUCGGCCGGGAGUUCUCGUGGGAGCGCGAGGGCAUCGGGAAGCUGGUGUUCUGCGGCGGCGUGGCGGAGAUGUACAGCCUGGAGGAGCUGCUGCGCGCGUCGGCGGAGACGCUGGGGCGCGGCGAGGUGGGCAGCACGUACAAGGCGGUCAUGGAGACGGGGUUCAUCGUGACGGUGAAGCGGAUGCGCGACCCGUCGGCGGGCGGGGUGGGCGCGCCGGAGUUCGGGCGGCGCGCGGAGGAGCUGGGGCGGGUGCGGCAUCCCAAUGCGGUGGCGCUGCGGGCCUACUUCCAGGCCAAGGAGGAGCGGCUGCUGGUGUACGACUACUACCCAAACGGAAGCCUCUUCUCCCUCGUCCACGGGUCGCGCCCGUCGAGCAACAAGGGGAAGCCGCUGCACUGGACGUCGUGCAUGAAGAUCGCCGAGGACGUGGCGGCGGGGCUGGUGCACCUCCACCAGUCGGGCAUCGUCCACGGCAACCUCAAGCCCUCCAACGUGCUCCUGGGCCCCGACUUCGAAUCCUGCCUCACCGACUACGGCCUGGUGCCGGCGCUGCUCCCCUCCAACGCCGAGCUGCACUCCCUCUUCUACCGCGGGCCCGAGGUGCGCGCCGCCCACCCCAGCCCCAGCGCCGCCGCCUUCACGCCCGCCUCCGACGUCUACAGCUUCGGGGUGCUCCUCCUGGAGCUCCUCACGGGGCGGACGCCGUUCCAGGACCUCAUGGAGCUGCACGGGGACGACAUCCCCAGCUGGGUGCGCGCCGUGCGCGAGGAGGAGCGGGACGCCGAGUCCGGUGGAGGGGAGUCCGUGUCCGCCGGUGGCGCCGAGGAGAAGCUCACGGCGCUGAUCGGCAUCGCGGCGGCGUGCGUGGCCGCGGACCCCGGCAGGCGGCCCAGCACGGCCGAGGUGCUCCGGAUGGUGAGGGAGGCCAGGGCGGAGGCCAUGUCCUCGUCCAACAGCAGCGAUCGGUCACCGGCGCGGUGGUCGGACGCCAUGCUGGCCGUGCCGCGGGAUCAGAGCUUCACCACGGACAGGGACUGACUGACUGGCAGCCUCUCAUUGCCAGUCCCAUGCUGCGUUAAUUAGGCGGCUAGGCUGCUACUGCUAGAACAAGCAAGCCAUAGGAAGGAAGGAUUCACAUCGGAUUGGGUUGGGUUUGCUGUAAAAUCUUGUUCCUUUCUUUACAACGUAACUGUGGUGCUGUUUCUUCUUCAUGAGAGAUUGACGAGAUUGCGGCAGCUCAAGCUGCUGCCAGUGUUUACCUUGCACUCACUUCUA